GAAGCCAGGCCACGGCAGUGAAAGCCCGGAAUCCUAACCACUAGACCACCAGGGAACUCCCUCUAGGGCUUUUCCUGCUUACUCCACAGAAUGUUGUUUGCCAUGGGGUUUGAAGGAGGAAAUAGAGGGGUUUGUUGCGUAGCCUUGGCAACCUGAGGCCUCUGACAGGCCCAUAGGCCCCCGCCCUUGGGCUCCAGCUGCCCGGCCCCUCCAAGAUGGGCUGUGCUGUGGUCACAAGAGAGGCUUCCUGCCUGGCACUGGGCUGGGCGUGCCUUCGUCGUCCUAACCAGGAUACAAACCUGCUGGACUGGUCUGGCGGGGCGGCAGUGCCAGCCGCUGGGCAUAGACACACCUGCCUCAAGGUGUGGACUCCGUGUGUGGAUGAGGGUGGUAAAACCCAGCGUCUCCGGUCACAGCAUCACUCAGCAGGUGCAGGGGUGUGCCAGCGGCCGCCACCGGGAAGGGGCACCUGUGUGAGGGUCAGGGAGGUCCCCAGGGGCCAGGGGUUGGCUGCAGCCUGGCUGUGCCCCGCCCCCAGUGCCCUGUGGGGUCCGCCCUGCGGGGGGGGCAGGUAUUUCCUCUUGCAGCCUGGGUUUACUUGGCCAGUCCUUAGGGGAGGAGGGAGGAGGCUGAGGUUAACUCCGACCUUGCCGGCCUCCCAGGGGCAGCGCCUGCCUGGUCUUGGGAGGUUGCGCCGGGGGCAGACCCAGACCGCAGAGGCGGCCGUGAGCGCUGUGAUGACACCGAAGCCAGAGCCCCAGGUGCUGCCGCUGUUUCGGAGCCACCCGCUCCUCGAGGGUGUUCUGCGGACCCUGCUGGGGCCAGUAUGGGACGGCAGGUGUGGGUCCACCCCCGGCCUCCCUUGGUUCCUGCUUGUCCCAGUCCUGGGGGGGGAGGGUGGUAGCAUCAGUCCACUGGAGCCCGGGCCCCACCUAAGCUGCCGCGACCCUGUCCUGACAGAGACCUGAGGCCCAGGCCUGCCCGCUGUGGACCUCUCUGGGUUUCUAGGCCCCGCGAUGCCAGGGACCCACGUGCAGGUGCUGCCCCUUCGCGGGGAAGCGCUCCCCCUCCAAGGCCACGGCAGCCCCGCCCCUGCCCCUGCCUUGCAUCUGGCCGGGGCACUCCGGAGCGACUCCCAGGCCCCGGCCGCCCUACCUGCGCGACCCCGGGGCUGCCCGCCUAGGGCUCCUCGAAGCCCAGCGCCCAGGGCGGUGACGCACAGGGUGAGGCCCUGCCCCCGCCCUCCCUGCCUCACGGCUCCACUGUGAGGUCAGCGCCUUCCGUGAGUUCCGUCCAGAGGGGUGCCGCGGGGCUGGGGCUGGACAUGGCCCCCUGUCCCCAGCCUGACUCCUGCCUGCUUGGCAGCCCCCUCGGCCUGAUAUGUGUGUCCCUCUCGCUCAUCCCUGCUGCAGCUGGAACCUACUGCGAGUGCAGCCUAGGCCUCAGCCGCGAGGCCCUCCUUGCCCUGCUGGGGGUGCUGGCGGCCAUCGGCGCCAGCUGUCUCUGCGCCCUCGUCAUCGUGGCGGUGGGCGUCAUCCGAGCCCAGGGUGAAACAUGCCCUGGACACGUGGACAGCAGGUUGGGGGGGCACUUCGGGGUCCAGGAAGAUCGCAUGGACCUGCACACGGUGCACGUGGAGUCCCACCUCUUGGACCCUGAAAUGGAGGUCUCCAUGACGCCGCCCCUGGAGGAACAUGGCCUCAUGACCAUCCCCGUGGACCCGACGCUAGAGGAGCCGCCCCCCCUACUCUCAGCACCUGAGUAGGGCUUCGGGCGGCUGGGGGAAGGGGAAUUAA